AAUGAAAAUUAAUAACAAUAAUAACAACGAUACGUAAAAUUCUUAGGCAUAAAAGAAUUUUAAUCAAUUAAUAAAGUCAGAGGCAGAUGAUUUCAAGAGAUAGUUCAAGUUUAUAGAUAAAGAGAAACUUUUCAUGGAACUUCAAAAUUACAAAAUUGAAAACAACAAUCUAAAAGAGGAGAACACCAAGUUACGUACACGCAUCCAAUAGACCGAGGUAAGCCAACCUCAUAUGCUCAGAAAGAGCUCUUUAAUUAUGAGAGACUUUGCGAGAACAUGACCGAGUAGACACCAAACAAAAAGAAGGCCAAUGAGUUAUUACUAAUCCAACUAAAGAAACAGAACAAAGACCUCCAAUAGUCACUCAAAGAACGUACAGUCUAAGUUGAGCACCUUAAAAAAAAUACCAAAGUGACCAAAUUUCAAGAGUUAGAGUGUGAUCGAAAGGCAUACUUUGAUGAAACCGUGCGUAUGCGUAAACUCAUAGAAGAGAGUUAAUCAUAAUUCUAAUCUAUGUUAAGGUACAUCAUCUUUAUCCUUAAUUUAUAGUAAAUACAAUCAAAGUCUUUAACUUGAAAGUGAAGUUUAGAAGCUACUCAAAACAAAUGAAAAUUUGAUUGCUGAAAAUAAAGCACUCAAUCAAAAAAGUUAAUAAUCAGAUGAAAUGAUGCGAUAGUUAUAAGUAUUUUGUCGAUACAUUUAUUUAGCAAUUGUAUAAACUAAAUUAAUAGAAACAGUAAACAUUAGACAAACAUAUCUAAGAUCUAAAAAAUCAAAUUAAAAAAUUAUAGACAGAUAAAACAAAUCUUAAAUAGACAAUUAAAUAGAUGUAAGAUGCUUAAUAUUAGCAUCUUUAAUAACCAUAACCAAAACCAAAAAAAGACCCUACUCCUCGUCAACCUUAAUUAUCAAAUUUAAUUUUAGAGGAAUUAAGAUUUAAAUUGAUAUAUCGUGGUAUUACAGUUGAGUAAUUUGCUGAAAUGUUAGAAGGAUUAAAAUAAUAAGCACGAGAAUAAAAUGUAACAGUUAAAGUAGAUGAUUUAAGACAUAUAUUUGCUCAGUAAAUAAAUUUAUAUUCAUUAUAAUUAGAGAACCAUUUUCAUAUACAGAUGGAAAUAAAGUACAAUCAAUAUUAAAUUCACUUAAUGGUCAUGGAAAUUAAUUAGUUGAGAAUUUGAAAUCUUUAAUUGGAAAUUAUAAGACUUUCAUGAAUUUCCCUACAUUUGAUUUUGAAUAAGCAUAAACUAAAAUGAAGACUCAAUUAAAACAAAAUGAAAAGAAAAUUUAAGAAUUUUGGAAUAAACAAAAAAUAAAAGGAGAUGUAGUUACUAAAUCAGAUGUUAGAAAAAUGUUAAAUUCUCUUUCUUUAAAUUGGUAGGAACCUGAAAAUUUAUUCUAUUUUUUAUAACUAUUUGAAAAAUCAGGAGAAGAUUUAUAACAUAUACCAUUAUAAGAUACUUAUGAUCCAUUUACUAUGGAAGAUCCAUCAUAAUAAUAAUAAAUGACUGGACAUUAGAAUAUGAGAAUAUCUGAAGAAUCAGAUGAGGAAUUAUUUGAUAAAUAAAGUCAAGAUUAUUCAUUAGAUGAAAAUGCAGUAAAGAAAAAGAAAGAAUAAGAUUAAGGUAUAGUAUUUCGUGAUGAGGGUCAUAUAGUUGAACAAUAAGGAUAAUAAUAAUAAGAAUAUGAUAAAGAGGAUAAUGAAAAUUAUGAUGAGAAUGAAAAUUAUAAUGAAAAUGAAAAUGAAGAUGAACAUUAUUAAUAAGAAGAAGAUAAUUAAUAGAAAGGAUCAGAUUAAAAUAAUGAAGAUAUGAAUGAUCAUUAUGAAUAAGAUGAAUAUGAAUAACAUUAAUAAGAUGAAUAAUAAGAGGAACAUUAAGAAAAUGAAAAUGAAGAUUAAAAUUAAGAAAAUGAGAAUAAUAAUCAUGAAGAAUAAUAAAAUGAAUAUGAAAAUGAAGAAUUUGAUUGAU